CUGCUUAUGGAUAUUGCCCUACAUGGUAAAAGAUAUUUCGCAAUCUGCCCCUCUCCAUGUUCCAAACAAAAACAGUCAGAGCUCCAGCAGACAGGAUAUAACUCCAACUUUUCACUUUAACUGUAUCAACUUUGACGAAUAGUUCAUUCAGCUCCUGUUCUGUAAAGGCUCCAUAUUGCCCAGCGAGGCUGACGGAUUGGGUUUCUCCUCAUUCUUUCUACCACUAAACCCGCACAGUGAGACCUCCGGUCCUUGUGGUCGGUUGGACAGCAGCAUUCAUAGGCAGUGGAUCCAAAUGAGCAGGCCAUCUCAGCCGAAGCUAACCGCAUCAGACCACAACGGCGUGAGUGUCAUCCAGAGCCAGGCCCACGCCACCUCAGCCCCCACAGCCUCCUCAUCCCUGCCAUCAGCAGUCACAGGUCUGCAGCAGGUCCCCCAGCUGGUCCCAGUGAACCCAGCAUCAGGAGGCGGCAAAGCCGUCCCGCCCAGCAAAAUGAAGAAGCAGCCAGCAGACAAAGACAGUGAGGAGUACCGUCAGCGACGUGAGCGCAACAACCUGGCGGUGAAGAAGAGUCGCAUGCGCAGCAAGCAGAAAGCGCAGGACACGCAGCAGCGCGUCAAUGAGCUGAAGGAGGAGAACGAACGUUUGGAAGCCAAGAUCAAACUGCUGAGCAAAGAGCUGAGCGUCCUCAAAGACCUGUUCCUGGAACAUGCCCACAACUUGGCCGACAAUGUCCAGCCACCUGGCGGUGCUGAGGGCUCCAGCCCUGCCUCUAGCAACAACAACAACAACAACAACAACAACAACAACAACAGCAAUGGCCAGUGAAGGCCAUUUUGAGUCAGAGGGACAUCAGAUUUUUGGUCAUGUUUGUUGUUGGUUUGCUCGGCCAAGCAUUCACCCACCACUGCUGCUUGCGGGAGCUCAUAUCAUUUCUCCUCUUAGAAAUAUGGCAUCACAUCUUCUUCAUUGUUUUUUUGUUUUGUUUUGUUUUUUUAUGUGGCAAUUAAUAAUUCUGAUCACCCCUCCCACGCACUAGUACCACUGCAAAUUCCCCAAGUCCAAAACAAUGGAUGGACUCAGUCAGUAGAUGAAAUGCCAAAAGAUUUGGAGUGACAUUUUCAUCUAGAUUGAAAUGGAAAAACUAGAUAAGGUGUCUCAGUCUGCAUUCAGUGUGAGUCUGCAGGAACCAGAACCUGCUUUUUAUUUUUCCUCCACAUUUUUAAAAGAUUUAUGAUUGUCAGUGGGAAGAUGCUCAGUAGCACUGACUGCAUUUACCAUAGAGGAAAAUGUAACUGUUUAACACUGGCUGGUGUUCCCCUUGAAAGAUAUUGAAAAUGUUAAGGUUGUAAUUAUAUUCUCUAUGAGCGGAUGCUUAACAAAAUAAGUUUUUUUUUUAAAAUACAGAAUGGAUAAUAUGAAGAAGACAUAGCCCUCAAGUAUUUGUCUUCUUCAUUAGAUGUGUACACUUUAAUCUAUAUUUGUCUUUAAAUUGGCGCAGUGUUUUGUUUGUUUGUUUUUUACUUCGUAAGGUGUGGACAGCAGGAAGAAGUCAGGUGGAAGAUCACAAGAGGGCAGAGAAAAAGAGAGCUGUUGCAGAGAAAAAGAGAGCUGUUGCAGUAACCCCCCACCCCACCCCAACUCCCACAGCUCCAUCCCUGAUCCAGACGGAUGUUUGUGGGAUGGGAGGACCCAGACACCCCAGAUUUAUCAGGCACUUCCAUCGUGAUUAAAGUCAAAACUCUUCUGGUGGCGUCACAAGCCGCAGCCUAAUGCCAGUUGAUCCUGGAUCAGUUUUAAACUGGGCCGAAGACGGGCUGUUUCGUUAGCCCUCUGCUAAUUGGUCCUGGCAGAUCGGGACAAGCCUGCCCCGCCUGCGGUACACAACAGGGAGCGGGAUGUAUAGCCAGCCAGACGCUGUGGUGUGUACCUGUGUUGUUGUCAGACUUUGUAAUUAUGAAAGCUUUACUGGGGCGUGGAGUGUUUCCAUAGGAUUGUGUGUAAGAUUGUUCAUCUCCUUGUAGGAAUGUUGUGUAUCUUCACCCAGUGUGUCUGGUAGAUUUCUGUACCUCGGGCUCAGAGCCACACCAAGCACGGCCUUUCCUUCCUUUUCUUAUUGAAGGCCUGUUAAAAUUAGAGACCUUUGAAUUGCAUCUUUUCACUAGUUUUUCUAUCCUUCAUUUUUCUACACGUAUUAAAAAAGCAGCAUGUUUCGACAACUGUUUGCAUGUGGGAGCACUGUUGGAAAAUGUAAUUGCACUCAGAAGAAGAGAAAUGGUAAAUCUGGCAUAUUGGCAGCAUUCUUUGCAGCAUAUUCUGCAGAUUGUACAUUGAAUAAGAAACAAAAUUCAAUUCUGUUCUGAUAUUUUCUACAAAACAACAUUGCAAUAUUUCCAUGGAUAUUUGACACAUUUUGCUUUGGUAUGAAUGUUGCUGGGCAGCAUUUCUCUUAGUCAUGACUUGCUUUUUUAUAAGAGUAUCUUGGGGUAACGUGCAUUGUAAAUUAAAAUUGCAUAUAAAAGUUCAA